AUGUUGGUUAUAGUGGAAUAAUAGAUCAUCCAUGUUCUAAAUUAAUAUGUACAGGAUAAACAAAUCAUGCUGAAGUAGCAUUAGUUAAUUAUGAUCAAUCAAUUAUAAAAUUAGAACACUUACUCUAUUCAUUUUUUAAUUAACAUGAUCCAACCUAAUUAAAUAGAUAAGGAUUGGAUGUUGGAACUCAAUAUCGUUCAUGCAUCUUUUAUUAUGAUGAUGAAGAUUGAGAGAUAAUAUAAAGAGUUUUAGAAGAAGUUAAAUAAUUUAAUAAUGAUGAUACUAUCCAUAUUCAAGUUUCUAAAGUCUAAAAUUAUUGGAAAGCAGAAGAAAUGCAUUAUAAAUACUUAUAAAAAGCUGCAGAUAAAGGUUGUGAAGAUAUAAUUAUGUGUUAUAAUUGAUUAAUAAAAUUAAUUAUUAUUUAAUGAGACCAAGUUUCCUAUUUAUCACUCUACUAAAUUUGGUAUAUGGGAUCAAUUAUUCCAUUAGAGGAUAAAGCAAUCUCUUAGAUUUAGAUUCUAAUAAUGACAAUUUAUAAAUCAAUGAAGGAUUUAGAGAAGCAGCAGAUCUUAUUUUUGGAACCCUAUUCUAAUAUUUGCCAUAUAUAGUCCUAGCACUUACAUUUAUUUAUUUUGCUAACAAAUUCUUUCCAACCAGAUAGCCAAAAAAAAUUUUGAAAAAAUUGCCAAUCCAAAAACGAUGAUUAUUAUUUUAAUUGAUAUUAACAAUAUCC